AUGUCAAAGACAGUUGGUGCUUCUAGGUUUAGGACUGCAAAAUGGCUUCAAAAGGCAGGUUAUGCACCUCAGGUGUAUGUGUUCCGAAAUUUAGAAUCCGGGCAGGUCAUAUAUUCUCAACUACCUCACUUUACGCAGAGACAGAUUGAUGCAAACUUUUACAGACCAAAUUGGGAGAACAAGAAGCCUUCAACUAGGCGUGAUAUUUGGAAAUGCAUGGCAGUUGUGGAUUUGCCAGAUUAUGCAUCAACCGUCAAAUUAUAUCAGAACCUGUGUCGUCUAAGGUACUUAAGAGAAGUUCCUGAGAGGUCUACUGCCGAGUCGAUGAGGAAGAGAGAUGAAUUCGGUCAUAUUUGGUAUUCUUCCCAAUAUAGGCCCACAUAUACCCAGGAAGCGGUUGCAGAUCUAAGAGAAAGCUUGACGAAAUGCAAGUCGCAAAACAUAACCAUUCACUGGGAAGAUCCAUGGAGAAUGGGGGACCUCAACAAGCAUUGGACUCCUGUCCUUCCAUCUGUCAAACACGAAGUUAUUAACCGCGUAGGCAAUAUUGCAAGAGAAGAGAGCGUAAUUUUGAAACAACUUGGUGAAAGAGCCAGAAUCGCUUUCGCUGAAGCUUCCGCUCAGAAGACAUCCCCCAAAAACGUUAAUAUUUAA